AUGGGGCCCCCAGGCAAUAGGGGAACAUGGGGCCCCUCUGUCCUUGCCCAAACUCAAAAAAGCCUAUGAAAAAGGUACCAGGGGCAUCUCAUGGGGCCCCUACUGACCCCGGGCCCUCGGGCAUAGUCUUUAAUCCUGUGGAGGACAUAGAGGUGAUGCAGGAGGGGUGGAGUCAGGGAUGGACUGACAACUCAUGGGGCCCCCGGGCAAUAGGGGAUCAUAGGGCCCCUGUGUCCUUGCCCAAACUCAAAAAAGUCGUCUAUGAAAAAGGUACCAGUGGCAUCUCAUGGGGCCCCCUACUGACCCCUGGUCCUCGGGCAGUGCCCGAGUUUCCAAAUGGUCAGUCCGCCCCU